AUGUUACAACAGCAGCAAGAAGGAUAUUCUGUGUCUCGUUCAGAUCAGACACGAGUGAUUUGUAUUUGUGGAUCCACAUCUUCGGGAAAAUCAACAUUGGCCAAGACUCUUUCCAUCCAUUAUGGAGUUGAAACGGUUGGACAAGAUUCAUGUAGAACUAAAACCGUGGAUGAGAUUAAACAGUUGAAAGGCAAUUUUGAAAGUAUAGAAUCGAUUGAUUUCAACAAAUUUAAACAUUCAAUUAGUGAAAUGCUAUCCAAGAAUAGAAAUCAUCCACUUCUCUUUGUCGAAGGAUAUUUAUCGUGCUGUCAACAAGAACUAAUUACACAAUACUUUGAUGCUAUCAUCUUCUUGGAUACUACCGAUGGAGAGGUAGCUAAAAAAAGACGAUGGAUUAGAACAAUUAAGAAAUAUCCAAAUCGAGAGCAUGACUAUGAGGCAUUUUCACAAAAAUUCGACACUCUCAUUUGGAAAUAUUAUUUAAAAUACAGAAAUUUUCAAAUGGAUAAUAUUAUCAAGAGUGGAAAAACAUAUGCUGUGAUUGGGGUCGAUCAUUUGGAAGCUCAUGAAGUAUUCGAUCGAGCAGUGAAAUUUAUUGACCUAGUUCACAAGAAUGAAGAGCACAGUAUUCGAAACGAUGAAAAAUAUUGUCAAGCUCCUGUGUGGUAUGAUUCCAAUAUAGACCAUGCCGCUGCUUUGGAAGAAAACCUAUCAGAUUAA